AUGGCUUCUCCCCAACAAAUCAAAAACUUGCAACAAACUUUUGACAGAGCUUUAGGCUCUCCAAAUGCAGUUUCAACUUCUCCAUCUCAAUCUUUUUUACAAAAUCAAUUUCGUCCAAGAGGAUUUUCCACUUCAAAUCAAGCAAAACCUUUAAAACCUUUCAACACUGAAGAUAUGAAAAUUUUAUUAUUAGAAAAUGUUAAUCAAACUGCUAUUGAUAUUUUCAAUGGUCAAGGUUAUCAAGUUGAAUUUUAUAAAACUUCAUUACCUGAAGAUGAAUUGAUUGAAAAAAUUAAAAACGUUCAUGCUAUUGGUAUUCGAUCCAAAACAAAAUUAACUGAAAAAGUCUUGACCGCUGCUAAGAACUUGGUUGUUAUUGGUUGUUUCUGUAUCGGUACAAAUCAAGUUGAUUUAGAUUUUGCAGCUUCAAAAGGUGUUGCAGUUUUCAAUUCACCUUUCUCAAAUUCAAGAUCUGUUGCUGAAUUAGUCAUUGCUGAAAUCAUCACUUUAGCUAGACAAUUAGGUGACCGUUCAAUUGAAUUACAUACUGGUACUUGGAAUAAAGUUAGUGCCAAAUGUUGGGAAGUUAGAGGUAAAACUUUAGGUAUUGUUGGUUAUGGUCAUAUUGGUUCCCAAUUAUCCGUUUUAGCUGAAGCUUUAGGUAUGAAUGUCUUGUAUUAUGAUGUUGUCAUGAUUAUGGCUCUAGGUAACUCAAAACAAGUUCCAACUUUAGAUGAAUUAUUAUCAAAAGCUGAUUUCAUCACUUUACACGUUCCAGCUACACCUGAAACUAAAAACUUGUUAUCAACUCCACAAUUCGCCGCUAUGAAAGAUGGCUCUUAUGUUAUAAAUGCUUCAAGAGGUACCGUUAUUGAUAUCCCAGCUUUAAUCGCCGCCAUGAAAUCUGGUAAAAUCGCAGGUGCUGCUCUUGAUGUUUAUCCUCAUGAACCUGCCAAAAACGGUGCUGGUUUAUUCAGCGAUGACUUAAACUCUUGGGCUUCAGAAUUAACUUCAUUAAGAAACUUGAUCUUGACUCCUCAUAUUGGUGGUUCCACUGAAGAAGCCCAAUCAGCUAUUGGUGUUGAAGUCGGUACUGCUUUAACCAAAUACAUCAACGAAGGUGCUUCUGUUGGUGCUGUUAACUUCCCAGAAGUUGCCCUAAGAUCAUUAGAUUUGGAUCAACAAAACUCUGUUAGAGUCUUGUAUAUCCAUCAAAAUGUUCCAGGUGUUUUGAAAACUGUUAACAACAUUUUAGGUAAUCAUAAUAUUGAAAAACAAUUUACUGAUUCCCAAGGUGAAAUUGCUUAUUUGAUUGCUGAUAUUAGUGAUGUUGAUCAAGGUGAUAUCAAAUCAUUAUAUGAAGAAUUAAAUGAUACUCCUUACAAAAUUGCAGUUAGAUUAUUAUAUUAG